CGCGGGCGGGCGGAGGCGCACGCCGGCCGCAGGGGCUCGGGUAGCUGCUGCCCGUCGCGCACGUGCGGCCGCUGCCGUGCGCCCAGCUCGCGCCCGCGGCCGCUUUGUUGCCUCCAGGCCACCGGCACCAUGCAUACGCCAGGUUCUGCGGGCCCGAGCGACGCGCGCGCGGUUGACAUCAUGGACAUCUACGAGUCCAUCCUGGAAAGGAAGCGGCAUGACAGCGAAAGGUCUACAUGCAGCAUCUUGGAGCAGACAGACAUUGAAGCUGUUGAGGCUCUUGUUUGCAUGAGCUCCUGGGGUCAAAGAUCCCAGAAAGGUGACCUACUAAAGAUAAGACCUCUCACACCUGUCUCUGACUCUGGGGAUGUCCCCACCACUGUGCUUAUGGACACAACUGCACCUGAGCUACCAAAGGACUUCCAUUCUUUUUCAACUCUGUGCAUAACUCCUCCUCAGAGCCCUGAGCUCAUGGAGCCAUCUGGAGGAGCACCUGUUCCUUCCCAAGUAGCCGAUUCCAAAGCACCUGUGAUCACAGUCCUUCCCAUGUCUUCCCCUGUGGUGACCAGAGCGCUGAGCAAGAGGGUGGAGAGGGGCUUGCCAGAUUUGAAGCCAGAACCACUGGAACCAGCCCCUGGCCUCCCCUGCAGGGCCAUGAUGACGAGUGUGAUCUGCCGCACUGGCGAGAGUCCUGCUUGCUUUCCUGCCACCCAAGCUCAAGAGCAGCAACUGUGCCCUGGCAGAGGGCGAGAAGCACGGUUUCUAGGACAAUUUGAAGCUUUGCAAGACACACAUCUCACAGAUGGUUUAUUCAUCACUAACUCGGUUUCCUGUCAGCCUUGCUUGCACAAGUCUGGUAGCCUGUUCCCCACCAACAAAGGCCAGCAGGCAGGGUGGCCCACUGCAGUUCAGACUUGCUCACCAAAGAAUUUUGAAAAUGACUUGCCAAGGAAAACCACCCCUCUGAUUUCCAUUCCUGUCUCUAAUACCCCCGUCCUUUGCCAAAUGAUCCCCAUGACUGGACAGAGUGCCAUGUUACCAGCUAUUUUGAAGCCUCCGCCCCCCUCAUGUGUAGGGACUGCCAAGCCCAUCCUAUCCCCGGCUGCACCUGCCCCCCAGCCAGUGUUCAUGGGCCCACCUGUGCCUCAGGGAACUGUGAUGCUGGUUUUACCACAGAGUGCCCUCCCCCAGCCUGCCCCCUGCCAAUCCAGUGUCAUGACUAUUGGGAACACCAAGUUGUUGCCCCUUGCUCCUGCUCCAGUGUUCAUUGCCUCCAGCCAAAACUGUGCCCCUCAGGUAGACUUCUCCAGAAGGAGGAACUACGUUUGCAAUUUCCCAGGCUGCCGGAAGACCUACUUCAAAAGUUCUCACCUCAAGGCUCAUCUUCGCACUCACACAGGGGAGAAGCCUUUCAGCUGCAGCUGGGAUGGCUGUGAUAAAAAGUUCGCACGUUCAGAUGAGCUGUCUCGCCACCGCAGAACGCACACAGGGGAGAAGAAGUUUGUGUGUCCAGUGUGUGACCGGCGUUUCAUGCGCAGUGACCACCUGACAAAGCAUGCCCGGCGCCAUAUGACGACCAAGAAGAUUCCCGGCUGGCAGGCGGAGGUGGGCAAGCUGAACAGCAUCGCCUCAGCAGAGAGCCCAGGGAGCCCCCUCGAGCCCCCGCCGGCCUCGGCCUGAGAGGGCUGCUGGCCUUACCGUGGGAUUUUUCAAGAGCCUCUUCCAGGAAUGGAACCGAUGUCCAAAACACAUGGUCUGGGGGCAGAGGAAGACUGGGGAGCUGGUUCUGAUGGAAGCGUGUUAACUUUUCUGUUCUGGUUGGGACCCUGUUCAGUAUCUUUUGUGGUUUCAGAGGCUUUUUGUUUGUUUUAAGGAAAUGGAAGAAAAUUUGAUAACCUAAAUCACCAGCACUCAAACAAACGUUUUGGCAGUAAAGUUUACAAAAUCUGGAUUUUUACAACCUUUCUAUUCAUGUUUUGUAGAAAUGA